AUGACGUCCGACGACCCGAAGGUAGUGGCCUAUGAGGUCGAGUCUCUCCGCAAGUUGGCAUUCUUCGGAAUCGCCAUCUCAACCGUGGCCACACUGACUGCUAUUAUUGCCGUCCCUAUGCUCUACAACUACAUGCAGCACGUGCAAUCGUCUCUUCAAACCGAAGUGGACUUCUGCAGACACCGCACCGACGGUCUUUGGGAUGAGUACGGCCGUUUCGAGCAUCUGAAAGGAGUGAACGGCCGAAUCAAGAGGGCAUCCGUGCAACGCAGAAGCAACGGCGUUACCGGACGUUCCGCGCAUCGUCGUGCGGUCGUCCACGGCGCGUCUAACUACGACGGUGGAUAUGGAGGCGGCAGUUACGGUGGUUACGACUCUGCUGUCAGCGGUGGUGGAGCACAGACAUGCUGCUCAUGUGGUGUUGGAGCUGCUGGACCACCAGGAGCACCCGGACCUGAUGGAAACCCCGGACAGGACGGCGCUCCUGGUAUGGACGGAGCACCCGGAAACGAUGCUGCUCCAGAUGCUGUUCCAUCUCCUGGCGACUUCUGCUUCGAUUGUCCUCCUGCCCCAGCUGGACCACCCGGACGGCCAGGACCACCUGGACCACCUGGAAACCCUGGAGCACCCGGACAAGACGGAAGCGCAGCUGUUCCCGGCCCUCCAGGACCUCCAGGACCAAUGGGACCACCUGGAAACGACGGCCAACCUGGAGCACCUGGACAGCCCGGAGCUCCCGGACAGCUCACUGAAGUUCCCGGUAUUCCUGGACCCGCUGGACCACCAGGACCAAUGGGACCUCCCGGACCACCUGGACAGCCUGGAACCCCAGGCAGCGCACUGCCCGGGCCCCCAGGACCCCCAGGAGACGCAGGAAUGGACGGUCCCCCCGGAAACCCUGGUGCACCCGGAGCACCUGGAACACCCGGACAGGCUGGAUCAGGUGGCAGUUGCGAUCACUGCCCUCCACCACGUACCGCUCCCGGAUAUUAA